CAUCUCUCUGAUCUUCAUCAAAUUGUUCACGAUGGGCAAUUGGCUCCGAGUUCUGGCUGCUUUGCUCCUGUGUCUACAUGGCACAGCCGGAGCUUUUACCCUGACUCAACCACCAUCCAUCUCAUCCUCCCCGGGAAACACCGUCAAGAUCACCUGUACCAUGUCCGGAGGCAGCAUCGGCAGCCACUUCACGAGUUGGUACCAGCAGAAGCCUGACGGCGCCCCUCUGUUUGUUUUGUAUGAGGACUCCACCAGAGGACCGGGAAUUCCUGAUCGAUUCACUGGUUCUGUGGACUCACGGAGCAACGCCAUGCAUUUAACCAUCAGCGGUGUGCAACCGGAGGACGCCGCCGAUUAUUACUGUAAAGCAAGUGAUACCUUCGGUAAAGGGACGAAGCUGAGUUUGAAAAACCCACAGGGCCCUUCGGUGACUGUCCUUCCGCCUUCACCAGAUCAAAUCACAGCAAAGAGCAAGGCGACCCUGGUGUGUCUGGUGAAUGAUUUUAUUCCGGGAGCUGUGGAGGUCGAGUGGACUGUGGAUGGCAGUGCCAGAAGUGAAGGUGUUGAAACGAGUGCGAUCAAACAGCAGGCGGACAACACGUACAGUGUGAGCAGUUAUCUGACUCUGCCAACCUCCGAGUGGGAGUCACACGACCUGUAUUCCUGUGUGGUCAAACACCAGACUCUGGCCACUCCGCUCGAGAAAAGCAUCGCCAGAUCCAGUUGUACCUAAACCA